AUGGUGAUAAAAGCAGCUGACAUCCAAACGACUCCCACCAUAUCGACAGCAACGGCUAUAAUGAGGCCCAAGCUCAUCGCAAGGGCGUUCGACGCGGACAAACCCGCGCUGUGGUUCGCACAGCUGAAGACACACUUCGCUGACCUGGGAUACGUCACCGAGUCAGAUAAGUACAACAAAACGGUACCGCUGAUCGACACUGCUUACGCGGCAGAAAUCGAACAUUUAAUUGUCUCCAGACCUGUAACAAAUCCAUACCAAACAUUAAAAAACGAACUAAUCAGAUGUUUCACAAAAUCCAGGACUGCGAACAUCAUCCAAUUGCUCGACAGGGAGAGCAUUGAGGAUCGAACUCCGUCGAAGCACCUGAGACAUUUAAAAAGUCUUGUUCCAGGCAUUGACGACGAGGUCCUGAAAACGCGCUGUUUGUCUCAUCUCCCCGAGCAGAUGCGAGGUACACUCGCCACCAAGGAGAACGCUUCCAUUGAUGAUCUCGCGAAGCUAGCAGACAGGGUGCACGAGGUAUUCAACACGAACAGCGUCGCAGCAAUCACCGGCUCGCCAGCCAACGCAGUCAACACGGCACUCCUCGAGCGAAUUGAGCAGCUAACGGCGACCGUUGCCGCCAUGCGGCCACCAAGCCAAAGGGAGACCAGUGGCUAUAAACUCUUCGCGGCCAAUGGCACCCUCAUCGACACGUACGGCUACAUGUCCAUCUCGCUAGAUCUUGGUCUUCGCAGAGAUUUCACAUGGCGGUUCAUCGAAGCAGAUGUCAGUAAACGCAUCAUCGCUGCUGACUUCCUGCAUUACUUCAGUCUGCUACCGGACUUGAGAAACGGAGCAAUCAUCGACAGCGCGACAGGCCUCCAAUCGAAUGGCCAGUCCGCGCGAUUCCGCGCGACGUCUGUCAAGCUCCUCGAGAUCAACGAGGAUUCACCGUACGCGUCCAUCCUCAAAGAGUUCCCAGCAAUAACAAAACCGGGAGGAUUGCUCAGAAAAGCCGAGCACUCCACCGGUCAUCUCAUAAGGACAACACCAGGACCACCAAUCUCCUGCAGAGCUCGCCGCCUAGCGCCGGAUAAACUCAAAACCGCUCAAGCGGAGUUCUCCAGCAUGCUGAAGCUCGCAACCGCGAGGAGAUCUGAAAGUCCCUGGGCAUCCGCGCUCCACCUGGCCCCUAAGGGCAGCAACGGAUGGAGGCCAUGCGGUGAUUACCACGCACUCAACGAUAGGACAAUACCAGAUAAGUAUCCUGUUCGUUAUCUAGAAGAUUUUGCUGCCAACUUUCAUGGCAAAACAAUCUUUUCCACUAUAGAUUUGGUUAAAGCCUUCAACCAAAUUCCAGUGGCACGCGAAGACAUCCAGAAAACGGCAAUAAUCACGCCAUUUGGACUCGUCGAAUUCCCAUACAUGACAUUUGGCCUCAGAAACGCAGCUCAGACAUUCCAACGUCUGAUCGACGAAGUCACACGCGAUCUACCAUUUUUGUUCCCGUACAUAGACGACAUCUUGGUAGCAUCGGAAAACGCGGAGCAACAUCGCGAGCACCCGAGAAUCCUCUUCCAACGACUCCAGGACUACGGGCUGAUAAUCAACGUCGCCACAUCAGUCCUCGGACAGCCAGAGGUACUUUUCCUCGAACACGUGAUCAACGCUCAAGGAAUCAAACCCCCCAAAGAUCGAGUCAACGCGAUCCUGAAGUUCACAAGGCCAACAAUGGUUAAAUCGUUACGCAGAUACCUCGGAACUCUAAAUUUCUACCGGAAGUUCAUCAAGGGACCAGCAGAAAUCCUCGCCCCGCUGAACGCCGCGACUCACGGGAUGACCGUCAAGGGAAAGCAACCAGUCGCCUGUUCUCCAGCCCUUGAAGAAGCAUUCACGCGCAGCAAGCAAGCGCUAGCAGAAGCCACUCUGUUGUCUCAUCCAAAUAUCAAGGCAGAGUGGGCUAUCUUCAUAGACGCGUCGGAUCAUAAACACGCAGCUUACGACAGGGAAUUCNGCAGCAAGCAAGCGCUAGCAGAAGCCACUCUGUUGUCUCAUCCAAAUAUCAAGGCAGAGUGGGCUAUCUUCAUAGACGCGUCGGAUCAUGUGAUCGUCGCCGUUCUACAGCAGGAACACCACGGUUCCUAG